UUCCUUCAGUUCCCGCUUAGGGCAGCCGUCUCCUAUUUCCCCAUCACGCUCGCCGCCAGCCGCCAAAGAUCGAGGGCGCCGUGCUUCCCCAAGCCCCAACACCCACCAGCCCCCUGAUAGCUGCUCCUGCACCCCCCCGAUGGCCAUGGAAAUUGGGUCGUGCAGACUUAUCCCCAAGAGGAGGAGGCUGGCGCCAGCCUCACGCUCAGCCGGAGUGCGUAGAUACGUCGGCGUCGACCGCCUCAGCGACCUCCCGGACGGCAUCCUCGGCGACAUCGUCUCCCUCCUCCCCAUCGACGACGGCGUCCGCACCCAGAUCCUGGCUUCCCGGUGGCGCCACAUCUGGCGCUCCUCCGCCCCUCUCAACAUCGAUUGCGGCGCCUUGGUCGCCCGUAGCCGUGGCCAUGGGGAUGCAGAUGAACUCCGUGGUCUCGUGUCUCGCAUCCUUUCCUCCCACCGAGGCACAGUCCGCCGCUUCCGCGUCCCCGCCCACUUCGUCGACCAAGCUGCUACCAUUGACGCCUGGCUCCAAUCUGCUGCGCUCGACAAUCUCCAGGAGCUCGAUUUAUGGUACAGCCACGACUAUCUUCAUCUUCCGCUGCCACGAUGCGGGGUCUCUCGCUUCUCCACCACCCUCCGUGUUGCCACUAUCAAGCAAUGCAACCUCCCUGACAGCACCGUCCAGGGCCUUCAAUUCCCACUGCUUAAACAGCUCGAACUCCGACAUGUCCUCGUCUCCGAGUGUUCGCUGAACCGCAUGAUUGCUUCGUGUCCAGCUCUCGUAUGCUUGACGAUUAAAAGGUGCUUCGGCUUUCGUUGUGUCCGGAUCAACUCCAGUCUUGAAAGCAUAUGUGUGGUUGUUGGACGUCCUCGGCCAAGUGAGCUCCACUUUGGGGAACUCAAGUUUGGGGAGCUCAUCAUCGAUAUUGCUCCUUGUCUGAAAAGAUUGCUCCAUCUUGAUAGUCUUCUCUUUCGCAUAUCAGUAAUCUCUGCGCCUAAACUGGAGACCCUGGUUUGCCGUUCAUCUGGGAAUUUUGACUCCACCGUUCUUAUUCAGGGAUUGCACAUUGAUAGCCUAACAACGGUGGUGCGCACUGUCCAAGUUUUAGCUAUAGAUAUGCACCCUCUUAACCUGGACAUACUUAUUAACUUGAUGAGAUGCUUUCCAUGCUUGGAGAGGUUGUACAUUAAGCCAUGUGGUAGUGAAAAAAAAUGUGUGGCGUCGUAAACACCGGAAUGCUACCAAAUCUUUUGACAUCAAUCUCAAGACAAUAGUGUUGGGAUAUUAUCGGGGCAUUCAGUCUGAGAUUAACUUUGUCACAUUCUUUGUCUUGAAUGCGAGGAUGCUAGAGUUGAUGACAUUUCAGGUUUCUUACAAGCAUUACAAUGAGGAGUUCUUGGCACAUCAAGAAAGGAAGCUUCAGCUAGAUAACAGGGCUUCAAGAGCUGCUCAGUUCCAUUUUACAACUGAUGAGUGUGUCCGCCGUAUUGGGCAUAACGAUCAUGUCCAUGAUUUGGAUGUAACUGAACCAUUCAUAUUUGUCGAUGGUCGUGUUUCAUAACUCUGAAUGGAUCGGUAUGAAAAUGUAUCUUCACUUCACUUGGCACUUAAGUCAUC